AAGCAACUUUUGAAGGAUGCAGACACAGGCAUUGAGUGCUGUCUCUCUAACAAAGAGUGGACUUCUCAAAAGCCUGCAGAGGAGACGUAGGAUCUUCAAGCAAAUUCUGGCAGCUGGGAUUUCCCGAUAACAGAUAAAAUUAUUUGACCACCAUGAGUUGGAGUUUUCUGACCCGUCUGUUAGAGGAGAUCCACAAUCACUCAACCUUUGUUGGCAAAAUCUGGCUGACAGUGUUGAUUGUAUUUCGGAUUGUCCUAACUGCAGUGGGAGGAGAAUCCAUUUAUUACGAUGAACAAAGCAAGUUUGUGUGCAACACGGAGCAGCCGGGCUGUGAGAAUGUUUGUUACGACGCUUUCGCUCCUCUUUCACAUGUGAGGUUUUGGGUCUUUCAGAUCAUUCUUAUAGCCACUCCAUCCGUGAUGUAUUUAGGCUAUGCAAUUCAUAAAAUUGCCCGGAUGGUGGAACACAACGAAGUCGACAGAAGAAUCAGAAGCAAAAGCUUUUCCAUGCGCUGGAAACAACACCGUGGCUUAGAGGAAACUGAGGAGGACCACGAGGAAGACCCGAUGAUGUACCCAGAAAUAGAGCUGGAGAGCGAACGGGAGAAUAAAGAGCAGCAGGCCCCUGCCAAAGCCAAGCAUGAUGGCAGGCGGCGAAUCCGUGAAGAUGGACUCAUGAAAAUCUAUGUGCUGCAGCUUCUGGCAAGGACUACGUUUGAAAUCGGCUUUCUCGUGGGUCAGUAUUUUUUGUAUGGCUUUGAGGUCAGCCCCACAUUUGUGUGCAGCAGGAAGCCGUGCCCACACAAGAUCGAUUGUUUCAUUUCAAGGCCAACCGAAAAGACCAUUUUCCUGCUAAUAAUGUAUGGGGUGAGCUGCAUGUGUUUACUUUUGAAUGUCUGGGAGAUGCUUCAUUUGGGAUUUGGCACAAUCCGGGACACCUUGAACAACAAGAGAAAAGAGCUGGAAGACUCUGGUACCUAUAACUACCCUUUUACUUGGAAUACGCCAUCUGCUCCUCCUGGCUAUAACAUUGCGGUCAAGCCAGAGCAAAUGCAAUAUACUGAACUCUCCAAUGCCAAAAUGGCCUACAAACAGAACAAAGCCAAUAUUGCUCAGGAACAGCAGUAUGGAAGCAAUGAAGAAAACAUUCCAAAAGAAAAUCUGCAGAGGGAAAUUAAAGUGGCUCAGGAGCGCCUGGACCUCGCCAUCCAGGCUUACAACAACCAAAACAAUCCCGGCAGUUCCAGAGAGAAGAAAUCCAAAGCGGGCUCAAACAAAAGCAGUGCCAGUAGCAAGUCAGGAGAUGGGAAGAACUCUGUCUGGAUUUAA